AGAUAGCAGGUUGUGAUUUUUUGACAAAAUGCCGCCAAAAAAGCACCGUCAUUUAACUCCCGAAGAGAAGAGGGAGUUAAAAAAACAGAAGAAAAUUGAAAAAAAGCUGCGCUUGGCUGAGAAGAAGAAGCAGAUUAAGAGAGACCAUCUUGAGCGAGAAGUAAAAUAUGGCGAACUCACCAUUAAGAAAUAUGAGAAAAAUUGGAGGGAAAUGCUCAUUAAAGUGGCCCUGCCUCGAAUGCGACAAGAACUGGAGUUUGCGUGGCAUAAUUUUGAGCGAGUCGUAGAUUGUAAGGAUUUUACCAUUUCUUUGCUCAUGGACGAAUUGAGGGACUCGGAGGAGCAAUACAUGCUCAAUUUUCGCGCCCAUUCGGAAAAUAUGGAAAAACUGAUGUGGUUGUUUCACGAUAGGUUGGAGGAGCUUCAAGCCGAUUUUGAAUCGGAAUGCAAGUCGAUGCAAGAACGCUGCGACAAUGAGUUUCAAGACGCUAAAGAAUUGUACAACGAGAAUUUUGAGUAUUUGAAAACGAUGCUUCACCAAAUCGAAUUGGAACGCAGAGAGCACAACCGACUGAAAAAAGGGGAAUAUUUUUCAAGACUUGAUGAAGUCGAAGUCAAAGAUCAGCUACUUUUGCAGAAAUUAAGAGCCACUCUUGAGCGCAAAUACCAGAAUAUGUUCGAAGACAUGAAACACUUUAUCAAAAACUACAACAAGCAAGUCAGAGAUCGGAAAAAAGAGCACAACUUGCUGAAGGAUCAAGAUGACUCGAUCCAAGAACUGAUUGCUCAACAGUUCAAAAAUAUGAAGAAAUGUUACGACAGGAUUCGGCAACUUAGACAAAAGUACACUGAUAUGAAGCAGAUUGAUGGUAGUAGAUUGUCAGACUUACAAGCUGAGAGAAAUUAUUUUUCUAAUAGUUUUCUCACGCUUAAAACCAAAUUGGAAAGUGACAAAAAAGACGACUUUGACAAACUUGCGCUUUUGAGUGAAAAUGCUGCUAAAGCUUUUGACUGUUUGGAACAUUUGAAUAAGAAAGGAGAAAUGAUUCUUAGUCUUGCUGCAGUGUGUAGGAAACUUGAAACACAGAAAGAGAAGAUUUUGACGUUUCCUCUCAAUACAACGAAUCUUCCAGAAAUUGCAGAUAUUAUUGAUAGAGAUGAUACCGAAGAAAUCGAGGGGGUUAGACCUGAAAUGGAGUUGUUUUGGCAAAGACUAGGGCAAGCUUUUGGUGUUCAUUACACUUUAAAAAGAGAGAAAGGAUGUUUAAGUGACGAAAAUCAGUUACUUAUUGAUACGCAUAAUGAAUAUUGUGAAAGACUGAUGUAUCCUCCGGUUCAAAAUUACAACUCAAGGGUAACAAUUCCGAAAACUGAUACCAAUUUGGAAAUGGCAAAGUAUAACAAGUUCAGGGAUCACACACAUAAGCCGCUUGUACACCACACGCACCACAAACACCAAUAA